AUUAAGGAUGAAUAAGAUCAAUCAGAGUCCUUGUAGAACGACUUAGGAAGUUUCUGAUCUUUCAAAAGCUUCUGCUAAUUAAAAGUUAUUUAACUAAAAAAUAACUGAAUUAGAAAAUAAUAUAAGACAUCUUGAAUUAACAAAUUAAAAAUUAAAUGAUCAAUUAAAUGAUUAGAAUGUUGAAAUGAAUAAAGAAAAACAAAAAUUCAAAAAUUAAUAGAAUGCAUCUGUUUAAAUUCAAAAUUAAAAGGAUCAAUAAAUUCAAAAACUGAUUGAUGAAAACCAAAAGUUAUGCAAAGCCAUUAGAAAAUUAGAAACAGAUAUAAGUAGACUUUAAUAAGUCAAAGACGAAAACAUGAAUUUAAAAUAAGAGAUUCAAGGACAAUAACAAGAAAUUGAAGAAUUGAAAUAAUAAAUUCCAAAAAAUGAGAAUAAAUGGUCAUCUGAUGCAGCACUAGGAGUUUUAGCCUCUAAAAGAAGCUAAGAAAUUUUACUUUUAAAAAAUGAGAAUCAAGAAAUAAAACAAAAGAAUUAAGAUCUUUAAGCUAAAUUAAAUACCAUAUUAAAAGAAAAUUCAUAAUUAUAAUCAAUUAUUUAAUCUGAAGAUCCAUCACAAAGACUCAAUUCUUAAGCUAGUUCAUCUAAAUAAUACAAUUCCUCUGGUAAAAAAUAAGAUUAAACUAAUUAUAUUUUGAAUGAGCAAAUCAAUCAAUUAUAAAGAGAAUUGAAAGAUGCAAAAAAUAUGAUAGAAAAGUUAAAAAAAUCAAAUACUUCUAAAAAUUCAAAUAGCACUACUCCCAACAAUAAACCUUAUUCUAGUAUUAAUUUGAGUAAUUCUAACGAUAAAGUGUAAAAGGCCUAAUCUUUCAAUAAUUCAGAAAAUGAUAGAGACAAAAAAAUAAGAGAUCUUGAAGAUUAAUUAAAAAGACUUGAAUUUGAAAAAUAAAACAUAGCAUAAAAUAUUAGAUUAGAAUGUGCUUAAGAUAUAAAAUAAUUAUAAGAUAAAUUAAGAGAAGAAUAUGAAGCAAAGUUACAAUUAGAAAGAGAAUAAGAUAAACCAUCAUAGGAGUAAUUAAAGAAGUUAAGUCAAGAUAAUCAGAAACUAUAAAUCACUGUUCAAAGAUAGAAUAAAGAAAUUUAAAAUAUGGAAAAAAAAUUAACGGGUAUUAAAAUAUUUAAUUUAUUUGAUAGAAUUAUUAAUUACUUAAGAGGAUAUUCAAUAAAGUCUAUAAAAAGAGAAGUAGUUUUAGGACUAUUUGAAAUAAGAAAAAGUUAAACUUUAAGAUUAAUUAAAAGAAAAGUAAAAGGAGAUUAAUGAACAUAAGGAUGACAUCUUGAAAUUAGCUAAGGAACGAUAAUAAUUGAAAGAUUAAUUGGAUAAAUCCAAAUUUGAAUCUAGAUUAAAUUAAAGCUAAAAUAGCAAUAAACCAAUUAGCUAAAUAAGUGAAUUAAGUAAAAAAUAUAAAUGA